GUGCGGGAGUAAAACGACAAAAAGGACCUUGAUCCAUCCACCGCUUUUGAAGGCGCUGUACGUUUACAAUUACAAUGGCUCUUGCUAAGAAACACGCCGGGCAUCGUCUGGGAGAUUGUACUGAUCCGUAUGUUGUGGAGUUGUUCUUGGACUAUGUUUGCCCUUUCUCUGCGAAGCUAUUCCGCACCGUCUACACUCAAGUCCACCCGACCAUCUCCAGCACAGACCAUGACUGCAUCCAAUUCGUCUUCCGCAACCAAAUCCAACCCUGGCACCCGUCCUCGACCCUCACCCACGAAGCCUCCCUCGCCAUCGAAAUGAUCGAUAAAUCCCUCUUCUGGGAUUAUUCUGACGUACUAUUUCAGCGACAAAAGGAGUAUUUCGAUACGGCUGUGAGCGGGGAAACGAGGAUUGAGACGUAUAGGAGGUUGGCAAGGCUGGCGAAGGAGGAGUGCGGGGUCGACGAGGGGAGGAUGAUGGAGUUGUUGGAGGUUAAGGAUGUGGGGAAGGGGAGUAAGGAGGGUACGAAUGGGGGAAACAAGGUUACGGAUGCAUUGAAAUUGAUGCAGAAGUACAAUCGCCAGAACUCGAUCCAUGUCACACCCACCGUGACUUUCAAUGGCGUUGUCGACAAUUCUGUCUCGUCCAGCUGGGACGUUGACCAAUGGACGGAUUGGCUCAAGGAGAAGAUGGCGGUCUGAAUGAUGUCACGGUCGUUACUUCUUCCACUUUCUUUACGC